AAUAGAUAAAUAAAAAGUAAAAAAUGCAUCUUAUUUCUAUAUAGUCCAAAGCAAAAAAUAGCGUUAACUCCACGGGGCGGAACCUUCAUUGAGUGGUCCCUUCCAACUUAUUCAGUUUUGGCAAACUCCGAAAGAAGAAGAAGAAGAUGUAUAGCUAUGGUCAUUUCAAGGAUCAGGCAAUAGAGUACGUGAAGCAAGCAGUGCAAGAAGACAAUGCCGGAAACUACGCAAAAGCGUUCCCUCUUUAUAUGAAUGCCUUGGAGUACUUCAAGACCUACCUCAAGUAUGAGCCCAACCUUAAGAUGAGGGAAGCCGUCCAGGACAAGUUCACCGUGUACUUGCGCCGGGCCGAGGAGAUCCGGGCUGUUCUCGAUGAAGGACAGCCCAGUCAUACCUACUUUCGGCCGGUUGCAAAGCCCAGUGGUUGUGAGACUGGGCUGAACUCAGCGAUCAAAAGGGAAAAUCCCAAUGUGAAGUGGAGUGACGUGGCAGGAUUGGAGAGAGCUAAGCAGGCCUUUCAGGAGGCUGUUAUUUUGCCUUUGAAGUUCCCUCAGUUCUUUACUGGUAAACAACAACAACAGAGAACUUUUUUGCUGUAUGGACCAUCUGGUACAGGGAAAUCAUAUUUGGCUAAGGCCGUUGCAACAGAAGUUAACUUCACAUUUUUCAGUGUUUCUUCAUCAAACCUUGUAUCAAAGUGGAAGAGUGAAAGUGCAAAGUUGGUUUCAAGCCUUUUCCAAACGGCUAGAGAAAAUGCUCCUGCUUUCAUUUUUAUUGAUGAGAUAGAUACCCUUUAUGGAGAAGGCAAUGAGAAUGAAGCUUCAACAAAAACUAAAACAGAACUCAUCGUACAGAUGCAGGAUAUAGGAUACACUGAUCAGAAAAUUCUGGUUAUUGCAACAACAAAUGCACCCUUCGCUUUGGACCAGCCAAUAAGACGGCGGUUUGAUAAGCGUAUAUACAUCCCGCUACCAGACUUGAAGGCUCGCCAACACAUGUUCAAGGUGCAUUUAGGAGAUACUCCUUAUAACUUGACUGAGAGUGAUUUUGAAUACUUGGCGAGCAGGACAGAGGGAUUUUCUGGUUCAGAUAUAUCCAUCUGUGUGGAGGAUGUUUUAUUGGAACCUAUUCGGAAAACCCAAGAUGCCAUGUUCUUCUAUGAGAAUCCUGAGGGGAUGUGGACCCUUUGUGAACCAGAACAACAAGGUGCUGUGCAAACUACAAUGCAGGAGCUUGCUUCAAAAGGACUUUCUUCUAAGAUCCUUCCAACCCCAGUUACUAGAACAGAUUUUGAGAAGAUACUUGCUAGGAAAAAACCUACAGUAAGCAAAGCUGAUCUUAAGGUUUAUGAAAGAUUCACCAAGGAGUAUGGAGAGGAAGGUUAAUUUUGAUGGUGGAAGUUUACCUUGACUUGAAAUUAUAUUGAUAUACAAUGUAAUUAAUUUGGUUAUAGACAUAUGGUUAUUUUGAGUGGCAACUCAUGCUUUGUUGGCAGAUCAAUGAACUAUUUUCUAAAGCUACAUGAAUCAUAUGUUUUCUGUUGGUUUUGGUUUCUCA